AUGUUACUGUUUAAUCGGGAGAAGUUGACAGUGGAAACCUCGGAUGAACAAAUUGUUCUUUCAGCUUUGAUGCAUGACAUAAAGGCUGAUGGGCCGUUGAUGGCUAAAUUAGCUAGGAAAUGGACUUCGGGAACUCUUCGGCAAUUCACGAACAAAGUUGAAGAGUUCAUUAACCAAGAAGAAACUAUCUCAACUUUGAUGAAGUCCAAACCUGAAGAAAGUAGGCUUGUUUCUGACUUAGCUAGAGCAACACCAAAAACUUUUGUGGAGAAGAAGAAGAAAAGAGAUCAUCAGAAGGUGAGAACCCCAGAAAAGAAGAUUGAAUUACCGCCCAGGCAUAAUCAGCAGCAACAAUAUCUAGGAUGGACACCUCUAAAUACAACUAUUUAUAAGGUGUUCAUGGAGGGCAAAAAGGAUCCGAGCUUCAGAUGGCCUAGAAAGAUUAAAGCCCUUCCUCAAAAUCGCACCACUCAGAAGUUUUGCGAAUACCAUAAUGAUCAUGAACAUUAUACCGAGGAUUGCAUAAGUCUUCGAUUUGAAAUCGAAAAACUUCUCAGAAAUGGGAAGUUGUUGAAGUUCGUAGCUGAAGAGAAGGGUCGAGAAAAAAAUCCUCAAGGCAGACAGAGUCAUCGUUCAGGACCGAACUCAGGGCCGAACAAUAACAACUUGCACAAUCAGAGGCAAAAGCGUGAUGAACCGAGGAUUCCUCAGAACAACCAACAAAGCCCUCAGAAUCAAACCGUUGUUGGGGAGAUCCGAACUAUCGCAGGAGGAUUGGCUGGCGGAGGAGAAUCCAGUUCAGCAAGAAAGGCCUACAUCAAGCAAGCAAGAAUAGAGGAAGUCUUUUCGCUUGAGAAGCCGUCCAAGGUACAGAAACAGGAACCAAAUGUUCUAACAUUUUCGGAGGAGGACGCAAAGGAAAUUUCAACGCCACACGACAAUGUGUUGGUAAUAACUUUAACAAUGGCUAAUCACGCUAUUCAUCGAGUUCUGGUGGACAAUGGAAGUUCGGCCGAUAUUUUGUAUUGGACAGUUGUUUAG